UGCUACUGUACAGGUGAUUUAAUGUUACGUUGGCUUGAAGUGGAUUAUUAUAUUUUGUUAGCGCUUUAGCGGUAACUAAAUCACUAUUGAGAACUUUCGGAUUUAGGAUACAUCGAAUUAGGUUAUUGUUUCUUUUGUCAGCAUAUGGACUAUCUUUUCAUUGCACUUUUGGAGGAUUAACAUUGGAAAACAAAACCGAAAAAUUGGUAAGUCAUCCUCCUGAUGUCACAGGAAUGCCCUUGACAGGCAAGAACAUUGACUGACCCUAAAAGCAAUGGAUUAACCUAAGGAAUAGUAGUAAUCACAGAGAAUAUCUUCUGUUUGGAUAAACAUUUGGAAUAAGAAUGAUGCAAAGUAGAAGUAAGGUGUUUGUGGGUAAUCUUCUGGACUCGGUCAAAAAGGAUGAGAUUAAAAGACUGUUUGGCCGAUUUGGACAUCUCCGUAAGGUAUGGUUGGCGCAUAAUCCUCCAGGGUUUGCCUUCAUUGAGUUCUUCAAUCAUAUGGAUGCAAAAAAUUGUGUCCGGAACUUGGAUGGUAAGCCAUUCAGUGGCUCAAAGAUUCGUGUUGAACUAUCGUAUAGCGAUGGACCAAAACCUGGCAACCAGGUUAACAUGAAAGGCAAGCUUUUGCCACAAAAAGGCCGUCCGCAGAACGGCAUGAACAGAAAUCAUGAUAAUAAUAAUAUGCAAAUGAGACGAAACGGAAACAGUCGUGUAAAUGGUUUUGGGAAUGGUGUAUUCAAACACCAGAUGCGUAACAGGAAUUUCGAUAAUGGGUUCGAUGAUGUUGGAAUGAAUUUCAGGGGUAAUAUGAAUUUUAGGAAGCGGAAUGGCUUCAGUGACAAUGGAACAUUUUAUCGGGAAAGAGAUGAGCAGCGGGGAUAUAAAUAUGGUGCUUUGGAUUGUGAAGAUAGAAUGGAGUCUAGGAAGAGAAACAAUUCCCAUCCUGAUGAAUAUCGUAGGAGGGAUCCUCGCUAUGUCCGGGAUCCUUCUGACGAGCCUGUUAAACGUCCACGUAGUCCUGAGUCUGAAGGUGAACGACAGGUAAAAUAUGCUCGGUAUAGUCUUGAGCAACAAAACGGUCAUCGUAAUAAUCAUGCAGUUUAUAUAAAGGAUACUCCACGCAAUGGGAAUACCGAUAAAUGGAAUGGCGUCCACAAUGGUAACCUGUCAGGGAAUUCCGUCAGCAGCAGUGACGGUGGGAAUAGCACAAACGGCAGCCCAGAGUACGCAAGUACGAGCCCAGUGGAACGUCGACGUAAACACAAACGGAAAGAAGUUGAAGCGACGUCACCGCCUCAACGCCGAAGAUCUCCCUCCCCUAUUGACCUCAGCGAGUCCGAAGUCGACGAGACACCCUUACCACAUAAGAAAAGUCAUCGACGAAAGCAUAAUUCUAGCAAGAGGAAUGGGCAUUCACAUGAGAGCAGGACAUCAGGCAGCGAUCGGUCACACUCAGGCAGACCAAGCAGUCCUGAAAUCACAUUUUACAAGAGUCGCCAUCAUGAUUCUGACUCGUCCCCAGAGGUGAGGUUAAAGUUACAAAAUUCGCCAAAUCAUCGGAAGAGAAAUGGCAGAAGGUCGAGACAUACUGGUGCAACAAAUGGAAGGCGUACGUCACGUUUGGGGCAACACGACACAUCACCACGGCGACGGUUAGAGGAUCUGCCGCAGCAAUACCAGCCGACGAACGGAGGGGUUAACGGAUAUGAUUGCUCGCUUGACCAGAAAAAUGAUCGUUCUCAGUACAAUUCGCUGCCAUCAGACGAUGAGCAGGCUGAUUGGUCGAAAAAAGUUGAUGACUCACCGGAAAGGAAACCGACCAAUCACACGAGACAGUAUGAUUUGUCACCAGAAUGCAGCAAGCAUACAACCAGGACGAAAUGCAACUCGCCACCAGAGAAACGUAGUAAUGACCAGAGCAAGCAGUAUGAUUCAUCACCAGAGAAAAUAUCGGAGAGAAACAAAAGGCCACGGUCUAAGAAGAGGUGAAGACUGUCCAGCAACUUUCCCAACCAAGUGUGUCAUAAUUAGACUAGUUUCCCGAUUUGUCCAUAAGCGUUGAUCAGUAUAUUCUCACCAGGGGAGCUGUCCUCACAUGUGAAUAGCACUCUAAUGGUGUAUAAAGAAACAUAAUAUAUAUAUGUGUAUUCAUCAUAUUGCACUGAUUGUAUAGUUGUGCAUUUGUUGGGACAUCCUGUAUAUAGAAUUAUAUUUUUGUCAAAUAGAGCUUUCUCUCAGAGAAACAGCCAUUACCGUUAAAUUUGGUAAUAAAUAGAGCUUUCUCUUGUAUAAAACAGCCAUUAUGGCUAAACCUGGUAACAAACAGAGCUUUCUUUUCAAGAAACAGCUACCAUUAAAUUAAGUAACAAAUAGAGCUUUCUUUCUAAGAUAUAGCCAUUACUGCUAAACCUAGUAACAAACAGAGCUUUCAGAGAAACAGCUGUUACUGUUAAAUUUAGUAACAAAUAGAGCUUUCUCUUGUAUAAAACAGCCAUUAUAGCUAAACCUGGUAACAAACGGUACUUUCUCUGAGGAAAAGUCUUUGCCACUAAAUCUAGUAACAAAUACGUCUUUCUCUCUAAGAUACAGCCUGCUAUAAACCUCGUAAUAAACAGCUUUCUCUCUAACAAACAGUCAUCGAUGCCACUAAAGUUAACAAAGCUUUCUCUGUCAAGAAAAAGCCAUUAUAUACUUCAUCUGAACCUGGUAACAAGUGGAGCUUUAUCUCUAAGAAACAGUCGUUACUCCAAAAUUUAUUAACAAACAGAGCUUUUUCUUUCUUAGAAACAGCCGUUACUGCUAAACAUAGUCACAAACAGAGCUUUCUCUUCAAAAAACAGCUUUUACCUCUUGAUUUUGUGUCACUUUGUUGUCACGUAUUUUUAUUUGUGUAAAAACUAGAACCCCACAAAUUAUGCCUGUAUAAGUCCAAUUUCCAUGUUCACAUGUGCAACCGAAUUCACCAUAUGAUUGUAAGGAAAGGGUGUCUUCCCUAAUUUGUUGGCGGUAUCAUAAAGGGUAGGAAGGAUUCUAUAAAGUUGCUGUUAAUAUGAGGUUUUGAUAGUACACCCCUCGCAAUUGCUACAUCUCUGUCUUGGCAAUGAUAAAUAAUCCAUUGGUAUGACAUGUUGAAGAGUGCCAACCUUAUGAUGUACAGUAGAACCUCUCUUAGCGGACACUUCUCUAUUAAGGACCCCUAAGGACACUAGUUUUGGUCCUAGAUUGGUUGUUUCCAUUCAAUUUGACCUCUCUAAUCAGGACACUUCUCUAUUAAGGACAGCACUUGUCAGUCCCGAGGGUGUCAUUAAUAGAGAGGUUCUACUGUACAUUUGAUACAACCUGGCAAAAACCAAAAUGCUUUGGUUAAUUUGAGUUAAACAUGUACUGCCUUUUUGGUGAAAAAUUGACGUAUUCCACAUUCUUGUGAUUUUUCACUUGAGAUUAUGAUAAACAGCUGCCCUGCUUUAUUAGCACUUUUACAAGGAACACCAUUUUUCAGUGUUUUCCCCCACGGAAGCACGUUACACCAUAUUUUACCACUUUUCAGCGCUUUUACAACUUGUUUUCCUUGCUAAUUUAUCUCGAUGUCCUCUUUACAAUGGUAGCAGCUGUUUGUAGGUGGCUGCGAGUCAAUUCCCAUGUUCACUCCAAAUACUAGGUAUAAUAUUAGAAAUUGACAUGAUGUCAGGAAGUGUCCAACCUUCCCACACAACUCGGUCACAUAAAACCCUUUUGUUUUAGAGACACAUACAUAAUAGAGCAGGACACAGCUUAACCCCCCUUUGGUUUGGGAAUAUACAGAAUGGGACGUACAGAACCCACCACCCAAGACUAAGCUUUAAAUGUUCUAAAGGGUGUAACAGGAGUUGGAAUAGGCCUACUGCUUCGGAUAGUAACAAAGAUAAUUUGAAAAAAGACAUUGUUUUAUAAUUCUAUGUAAGUAUUUGGUUGAGAUGCUCACGUAAAGUAUGAUAACUCUGCUUUGGUGUCGUUUCCUUGCCAAUUCUUUGAUCUCAUCAUCACCUAUCAAGGCCGUGCAGUGACGGCACUUGGGAAUCCAUUUUGGAUGCCAAUUAAUCCGUGUCUUAGACCCUGCAUAUGUACUGUCAACAAAGUGUGCCCACAGUGUAUAGUGUCAUUAAUAUAAAGGUUGAUGUCACCUCACUUUGAUACUGAUAUUGUUGUACUAAGGUCAAAGUGCUAGGCAUGGGUCAAUAAGAUAAAUUUCAUCUGCACGUAGCUCGAGAGAGAAAAUAUACGAUGCCACUGUCAUGGUGAUGAAUUGCCUGAGUUCUUUUGUAAUAGUUUGCUGUUUCAGAAUACAGUCCAGAUCACAAUUGACAACCGUCCUGCUUCGCGUCAGUGACGGGCGACGUACGCGCCAAUGACGCACCAGUGACACGCUUCAUCUCUAUGUUUCGUGUAUAUAACGCUCGGCCUACGCAUGACCUACGCGCUGGGUAGCGCGUCAAUGACGCGAUCUACGGGACGUCAUUUGUGAUUUGGACUGUAUCUCCAUAACUCCUAACGUAUCUCCGGCACUUGCAAUGCCACCAGCUCGGAUGUAUUACUACAUCCGUGCUGCCUGUAACUACACUCGAUCAGGAUGAGGGUGAAGCAUCUUUUGUGUUUAUUUUGUUGGUCGAAUUUACUGUUUUCUGUCCUCACUCUCUUUUAGAUUUCUGCAACGCAUUGUUUGUAUUUCAUUGUUGUCUUGGGAAGAGCAUUAUAUGCCCAAAAUUAUGGUCUGCCAAACUUAUAGCUGGUUCACUGCAACCAAGAAUAAAUAAAGACCAAGAAUUUGGAAACUCAGAAAUUUAAAAAAUCUAAGUUUUUUCAAAAGAGCCGACAAACUUUUUCUGAAGUCAUGCGCCUCUUGUUUUUUUAAUUCAUUGUAAAGAUAUCACCAAGGCAAACAAGAUGAUACCUUAUUUACCUCUAAACUUCUAAAGAUGAAGGAGAUACAGGGCAUUUCGUGGAAGAGACACAAUGGAUUAUCUAAACGAGUUACUCUAUUUGAGGCAUGUUAUUUGUGACAGAAAUGAAGCAACAACCAGCCGAUAGAUAUGAUACUAUAAAUAGUCAUUGAACAGUAGCCGAAUUAUCUUCCAAAUGCCCCCUCUUGUCAAAAUUAUCUUAAAGAUGCUGUAAAAUUGUUUCCAAAUUCUUUGUCUUGCUGCAUAAUAGAAAUUGAUAUAUAUCGUUCUGCAAUGCUGUAACUUUCAAAUACUUCACUGUAACUGUAUAGAAAUAUUUUUAAGCUGAGCUGCCAAAACCACUUGUUAACCUCCCUCAGUGGAGGCCUCUCUAUUAAGGACGCCCUUUCUAUUAUGCACUCUGCAUUUGGCACAAAAUGGUCGUUUCAAUUGAAAUUGCCCUCUAUAAUCAGGACAUCUCACAUUUUAGGACACCAUUUGUCGGUCCGAAGGGUGUACUUAACAAAGAGGUUUUACUGUACCUGUUUCUUGAGCCACAACAUGAAAAUAGAGGGAUAAAUAGGUUACUGGCGUUUCAAUCCUUUUAUGUUUAGGGCAGGAAAGAACUGACAUGAACACUGUUAAUUUUAGAAGAAUAUUUAAAAUCGUUUGUAAAAACCUCAAAGGAGGACUAUAGGGUGGAGCUAGGGGUCAAACUAGUGAUCUCCUUUUGACCAAUAUCAGCAGUGCACAAGAAGGGAACUGGGUCUUGUCAAUGCAGUGUUUAUUUCUCUACGCAAGUCUCUUUUGUAUGACCAUGAACACUGCUGAUGUACUCCGAGAUAGUGGAGGCAUCUAUCGGGAACUUUGUGUAACUUAAUAAUAAUAAUAACAAAUUGUUAUUUGUAAAGCGCCUGUAUCACUUGAAACAAAUGUUCACCGGCGCUGGUGAGCUAUAUUGAAAAGAAGGGUCUUGAGUUCUUUGCGAAAGGUUGAGACAUCCGAUGUAGCUCUCAAGGUGGGGGAAAGAGAGUUCCACAGUUGAGGUGCUAAAGUGGCGAAUGCUCGACCUCCAAAUGUUUUCAAUCUAUAUUUCCUGCAAGUGAGAAGGUCCUGAGAUUCAGAGCGAAGGUAACGAGGAGGCACGUAAUGUUGGAUGAGAUCGUUCAGGUAAAUUGGUGCAAGCCGGUGGUAUGCUUUGAAAAAUCUGACCUACCUAGCAGCUGCCUAUAGACUACCUUUAAGGGGUAUUAAAGCAUAGUUACUUAAUUGCUCCCUUGUGCAAAGUAUGGGGGGGAUACAGAGCCAUUACAAUAGAAAAGUUAAAGAAAUUAUAUCUGCUGAAAAAGUUCCACUGUGCAGUACUGGAUAAAAAAAGGUUUUAAAUGUAAAUACAGAAAGCAUACCAUUUAUUGUUCAGCUUUUGUUGAAGUCAUGUCUGUAAGAUGUUUCCUUUAAGUAUGAUGUAUUGCUUUAAGUACUUGUAAGCAUUUUCUACA